AUGUAUUAUUGUCCCCAACAGGAACACAAAGUAAACACAGCCAAGAGAUUGCCAGUCAGAUGGAUGUCGCCAGAAAGCAUCACUCGGAGGAUUUACUCUUACGCAUCCGACGUCUGGGCUUACGGCAUCGUUCUCUGGGAGAUUUAUUCCCUGGGAAAGGUCCCUUACUUUGGCCAUUCCAACGAAAAAGUGAUCUCAUUGAUCAUCGAUGGAGUUCAACUCGAACCUCCAGCAGGAUCCCCGGAAUACAUCGCUGGGAUCAUGAAAAGCUGUUGGAACCCGGAACCCAACAGAAGGAUUUCGUUCAAAGAUAUUUGCAGUUCGCUUGCGACAAAGAAUUCGGGGCAUUCCAGCCCUGCUCAGCCCGCCAAUCAAAAAUCCAUUGAACAUAAGUUCCCAGCUGAAUCGGAGGAAGCCAUCAAUGAUCAUCAUAGUGGGUAUUUGCAACCGAUUAUGCACAGGAAUGGCAUUGUGUACUCGGAAUUGAGUAUUAGAAGUAGUUCUGAAGAAAUAUUUGAGUGAUCUGAGUUCCGUGUGCUGAUUUGUCUAUAGUUAAGGUUGGAAAAUGUGUUGUGUUUUUUUCUUCUCAGGAUUCAUUUGAUAUGUGAGAAUUUAAAAAAUUACAAAACAUAAACUAUUUAAUUUAUAUAUUUCCUACUUAUGCGUAAGUUGUAUUGAAAUAACCAAUCUAAAUUAACAGAACAUUGAAAAAAGCAGUAAAACGUUGAGAAAUACCCCUUAUAUAUAGGCUGAGGGGGGAAGUAUGUUAAGACUGAAAAGCAAUCAGAUAAAAAAGACUAACUUGCUUCUUAUGGAGCGAAAUUUCAGGGUAUAGCAAGAAAUUUCUCAGCAAUUAUGGUGUAGGAAUUUUGGACAGGGUGGCAAAAAUCAACAAUGGAGAAAUGCCGGUCGUAACCAAAUUUUUCACAUUCCGACUAGGUCUACGUUCUCUAUUAAUCAUUUGGAAGAAUGCAGAAUAUGUUCAUGAAACGUCUCAUUUUUAUCAAUAUUUUUGCAAGGAAGGAAAAAAACAAGAGCCGAUAUCGAUUCAAAUUUAUUUUGUCCUUACCCGAAUAGAAAUGAGAGAUACAUUUUGCCG